UCAGUGCCACCUAUCAGUGCCAGUCAGUGCCGCCUAUCAGUGCCCAUCAGUGCCACCUAUCAGUGCCCGUCAGUGCUGCCUAACAGUUCCAAUCAUCAGUGCCGCCUUUCAGUGCCCACCAGUAAUGCCUGUCAAUGCCCACAAGUGAUGCCUAUCAAUGCCUAUCAGUGCCACCUAUCAGUAACUCCUUAUCAGUGCCGCCUAUCAGUGCCCAUCCGUGCCACCUAUCAGUGCCAAUCACUGCUGCCUCAUUAGCGCACAUCAGUGAAGGAGAAAAAUUACUUAUUUACAUUUUAUAA